AUGUUACCAUCAAUACACAACCUAGCGCUCCUGUCGCUGAGCCUCUACUCCUCUGUCUACGCGCAAUACCCAGACGAACUAGUAGGUACAUGGGUCUCAAAAUCCCGCUCAGUCGUAACGGGCCCGGAUUUCUACGACCCCGUCGCCGACAAACUCAUCGAGCCCAAACACGCGGGCAUCGCCUACUCCUUCACCUCAGACGGCUUCUUCGAGCAAUCCUUCUACCGCUCCAUCUCGAAUCCGACAACCCCAAACUGCCCCUCCGCCAUGAUGCAAUGGCAACACGGCUACUACUCCCUCCCGGGCAAUGGCAGCAUAGUUCUCGAACCCAUCCCCUCCGACGGCCGCCAACUGCUCUCCACCCCUUGCACCUACGACAAAGCUGUCUACACACGCUUCGACCAGCCCAUCCUCCUCAAAUCCUACGAGCGCGUCACCGACGCCUUCCACAACGUUCCCCGUCUGAACCUGUUCUUGUUCGACGGUUCACCAGAGCAGCCGCUGUAUUUGGCAUACAACCCGCCGCAGAUGCUGCCGACGCAGACACUGAACCCGACGGCGGCGGCGAGUCAGCCGACGAGUCGGGUUAAGAGAGAUGAGGAUCGGGAAUUUCAUGAGCGGUGGACGAAGAAGAUCGUCAAGGGGGAGAAUUUUGACCAUGGGGACAGUGAUGGUUUGUUGUUGAAGCCCCGGCCGAUGCGUUGGGAUCCAGAUCGCUGGUGGUGGGCGGGCUUUGGGUUUCUCGCGAUUGGGACUGUAAUGUAUAUGUUACCGACGAAGUUGUAA